CGCGCCUGCAGCGAGUGCGUCUGCGCGGAGCCGGUGGCCGCGCCCGCUCCCGCCGGGGGCUCGUCGCUGGGCGGCCGGGCCAUGGGGGAGGCCGAGGUGGGCGGCGGCGGCGCGGCGGGCGACAAGGGGCCGGGGGAGGCGGCCACCAGCCCGGCCGAAGAGACGGUGGUGUGGAGCCCUGAGGUGGAGGUGUGCCUCUUCCACGCCAUGCUGGGCCACAAGCCCGUCGGUGUGAACCGGCACUUCCACAUGAUCUGUAUCCGGGACAAGUUCAGCCAGAACAUCGGUCGGCAGGUCCCUUCCAAGGUCAUCUGGGACCACCUGAGCACCAUGUACGACAUGCAGGCGCUGCAUGAGUCUGAGAUUCUCCCCUUCCCAAAUCCAGAGAGGAACUUUGUCCUUCCAGAAGAAAUCAUCCAAGAAGUCCGAGAAGGAAAAGUGGUCAUUGAAGAAGAAAUGAAAGAGGAGAUGAAGGAGGACGUGGACCCCCACAACGGGGCUGACGAUGUUUUUUCAUCUUCAGGAAGCUUGGGGAAAGCAACAGAAAAGUCCAGCAAAGACAAAGACAAGAGCUCCUCGGACUUGGGGUCCAGAGAAGGGCUGGACAAGCGGAAGCGCGGCCGCGUCACCGACAAGGUCCUGACCGCCAACAGCAACCCCUCCAGCCCCAGCGCUGCCAAGCGGCGCCGAACGUAGGGGCCCCACAGCCGCGGCCGAGGAGUGUGGGCGGGGGUGGGGGUGGGGGGCGGCGCCGUGGCCACCGGGCAGUGCCCCUCGGAGCCUGGGGGCUCUAGGGGCCUGGGAGGCCAGGGUCGGCACUCAGCUGGAGUCGUGCAUCCAGGCUCUGUCCUCUGGACACCCACGGGUGCCCUGCCAUCUGAUCCGCUGCCCCUCCGGUGCUCCCUGGAAGCUGCAAGGGCCUGUGGGUCUGGGCUGCCUGGCGCAGAGUUGAGGGGCUCGGCCAGCAGCCCCACAGUAGCAAUAAAGCGCUGCUCUCCCUCUGCCUCCGGGGGGCGCUCAUCUUCCCGGUGACUUCCCCUCUGUCCACCCGUCUGUCUGUGAGCUGCCCUUCCUAAGCUGGCUGUGAUCUCGGGAGGAAGUCGGGUCGCACGUGGCGCCCCCACCCGAGAAACCGAGAACUGGAUGCUGGGCCUCGUUUAUUUGUACUGUAAUGAUGUAUAUAAUUUAGUUGGUACUUCACUAUUUAAUUUUUAAGAAACCUAUUUUACUAGUGUUUUAUAUGAAAAAAAUUCUGCAGAAGUUAAA